AUGAUCCCGACAACGAAGCGAUGUAUUCCGUUGCCUUUCUUCAAAGGAAACACGAAUAAGUUGCUCUUCUGUCAACGGACAUGCGGUGAUGGUCAAUCUAUCUAUGCUGUUGCAGUAGAUCGUGAAGUGAUAUUAUUAUUAGGCACCGGCAAAACAAUUUUACGACAAGAUGUGCCUUUUGAUAUUCGGCAGCUGCUUUGGGUCGUUUUUCCUCCCUCAAAGAGUGAAAUUGAGACGGCUGUUACACAGGAAUUCUUUUGUAUCGUUGGAUUACGUGACUUGAUGUUCAUUGCUGUUAAUGACUCCCAUCCAUUGGGAUUCCGUGUACAGUUCGAU